CAAUUUCGAGAGCCUCCAUCAGCGAGGAUUCUCUCCCAACGACGCUGCAGCUCUGGCUCUGAAGAUCGCCAUGGGGAAAGGGGAGCUGCUAGCGGCAAUCUCAAAGGCGCGGGCCAGCAGGGCAGCGAGGGCCAGCAGUGCAGCCCAGGACAGCCGCCACGUGGCAGAGCUGAUCCCCAAGGUGCUGUCGUCAGCAGACGCUGUGAGCCUGGUGUUCCUAGCCAUGCCGGAGGGGCUCUCCAAGGGCAACCUGCUGGGCAUCGACUCGGCGACUGUGAAGCUGUUUUACGACGGAGUGGCAAAUCUGGGUGACGAGGUGGCAGCAGCAGUGGUGCGAGCCAGUGACCGGCUGCUGACAGAGCUCGCCCAAGCCAUGCCCUCUGCGCCUUCCUCCACUCUCGCCCACCACCUCCCCACCCACCCGCGACCCUCCCGUCCUCCUGCCCUUGUCUCUCUCCCUGCACCUGCCACUGCUACCACCGCUGCGACAGCUGCCACGGCUGGGAGAGAGAGGGAUGAUGCCACUGCCACCACUGCUGCCACCACUGCUGCCACCACUGACCCCACUGCUACCAAUGCCACAACUGCUAUGGACGUUGAUACCCAACCUGCACUGCCGUCGACCGCCGCUGCUCCCCCUUCCGAAAGCCCGGCCAGUGAAGCCCCCACGGGUGCAGCAGCUGAUGUGGACACAGGUGCAGGGGGGGCGGUGGGGGCAGGUGCAGCAGCAGCAGCAGCAGCAGCAGCAGCAGCAGCAGCAGAGGCAGCAGCGGCGGCAGCAGGAGCAACGGCAGGGGCGUCGGGCAGUGCGAAGAGGAAGGUGGACUCGCUGGCAGCGGCAGCAGCAGAGGAGGGUGCUGGGCGAGGCAAGGAUGAGCCGUCGCCAGCUGUCAUGCGCUCGCUGCUCUUCCUGCUCGACAGCCCUUUCCUAAUGGAGCCCGAGAACCAUCCGCUGUACCGCCGCCUGUGCAAGCUGCUGCUGGACCUGCCGCCACUGCCCCGCCAGCAGCUCAUCUGCACCCUCGCCAGCUACGAGCGAGCGCACCUACAGCAGGUGGUGGAGACGGCACAGCAUGUGAUCACCAUCCAGCUGUACGAGGCCCACCGCCUCGUUGACACUGUCAAGCUCGCCACUCGUGUGCUCGGGAUAUUCUUCGCGGCGAACGAGAGGGGCCAUCAGCUGCCACACUCGGCGUUCUACAACGAUGCCCUCAACAGUGACGAGUUUGUGGACCUGGAGCAGGACUACAGCAAGUGGAAACACAGAGACAGGUAUCUGGAUCCCUUCACCCUGUGCGAGCACCCAUACAUCCUCGAGGCAGCCAGCAAGGCAGCAGUGCUGCAGGUGGAGUCGCGGGUGGAGAUGUCCCACCGCUUCCACGAUGCACUGCUGGGCAUGGCGCUCAGAGGGAUGACAGGCGUGCACGUGGGCAACCCCUUUUGUGUGCUCAUUGUUCGCCGUGAUCACAUUGUUGAAGACGCCAUCCUGCAGGUGCAACAACAUGCAGGGGACUUGAAAAAACCGCUCAAGGUAAAGUUUGUGGGCGAGGAGGGGGUGGACGAGGGCGGUGUGCAAAAGGAGUUCUUCCAGCUCAUCAUGCGCGACAUUGUUGACGCUAAGUUUGGCAUGUUCACGUACAACGAAACAACGCGCUCCUUCUGGUUCAGCGCAUCACCCAUCGACAUGCCACUCGAGUUUGAGCUCGUCGGCACCGUGCUGGGACUCGCCAUCUACAACGCCCACAUCCUCGAUAUAAGCUUCCCCCUUGUUGUCUACAAGAAGCUCCUGGGGAAGAAGACCUGCCUGGACGAUCUAGCCGGAGUGGACCCGGACCUGCAUCGAGGGCUCAAGGGGCUGCUGGCAUUCCAGGGCAACGUUGAGGAGGUGUACGCGUGGUGCUUCGAGGCGUCGUACACGGACGUGUUUGGCUUACCCACCACAGUGCCGCUCAAGGACGGUGGCGAGAGCCUUCCCGUCACCAACAGCAACCGGGAGGAGUUUGUGGAGCUGCUGGUGGACUUCCAUCUGAACAAGCUAGUGGAGCGCCAAUUCGGCCCGUUCUCGCAUGGCUUCCUGCGCCUGUGCGGGGGGCGGGUGCUGAAAAUGUUCCAACCGGACGAGCUCGAGUUGCUCAUUUGUGGCUCCCCUGUGUUCGACUUUGAUGAGCUGGAGAGGAACGCGCGGUAUGAGGAUGGGUACACCAAGGAGUCGCCUGUCAUCAAGAACUUCUGGAAGGUGGUGCAUGGGCUGCAGGGCGCGGAGAAGAGGAGUCUGCUGGCGUUGAUUCGUUCACACCUCCAACUCUCUCUUGCACCUCUCAUUCCCCGCGCUAACCUCCCCUCUCCACCGCCCACCAGGGCCUCGCCUCGCUGCCCUUCGUCAUCUCCCGAGCGGGCCCAGACUCCGACCGGCUACCAACAGCGCACACAUGCUUCAACCACCUGCUGUUGCCUGAAUACUCUAACCUUGAAAGGGUGGGUCUUAGAGCUUUGUGAACAAGGCAAGACCUUGCACCACUCGGAACAAGCUGCAAACACGGCUACUGACGGCAAUCAACAACUCACAGGGGUUCGGGCUCAUGUAGGGUGGGAGAAGCAACAGCAGCAUCGCAUAGGCUGUCAGUCUCGUGUGGGACACCGUCUCUGCUCCUCAUCCCAUGCCGCCAUCUCUACUCAUCCUGCAGCUGCACGCGCAGCUUCUGACGGCCAUCAACAACUCACAAGGGUUCGGGCUCAUGUAGGGGAGGAGAAGCGGCAGCAGCAUCGCUCAGAAAGUCAGACUCAUGCGGGGCAAAGCAUGCAUCCGCCACAACGUGUGCAGGGGUUUGGAUUCGUGUAG